UCUGCGAAUCAAUAUUUGUUAGUAAAAUGACUGCUGGCAAAACAUUGGUCUUUAAACCACGGGCAUGGGCGGUCUUCAUUCUUGCAGUCCUCAUGUCUAGAUUGUGCGCGGGACACGAUAAACACAUCCAACCAAGAAAGCUCGUUACUGCCAUUGACAGGCCAGGUUCAAUAAGCAUUGAUUGUGGGGUGAAUGAAGAUUAUAAGGAUGAGCAAAGUGGAAUCUAUUACCAGUCAGAUUCGGAUUUCGUUACAACUGGACUGAAUAAACUGGUAUCCCCACAAUACACGGCUGGCAAUCCUCAACUUGGGCAGAUGCUUAAUACCCUGAGAAGUUUUCCGGAGGGAAAGAAGAACUGUUACCACCUUAAACCUGAACAAGGCAAAGGCCACCACUACUUGUUCAGAGUCUUCUUCUAUUAUGGAAAUUAUGAUGGCCUGCGACAACCCCCUACGUUUGAGCUAUACCUAGGCGUGAAUUAUUGGAUGACUGUGGACGAUUUAGGGAUCAACAAGUACAGGUACGAUGAAGUCAUCCAAUUUUUACGGACCGACACAAUAGAUGUCUGCUUGGUGAAUAAUGGCUCCGGUUUUCCAAUCAUUUCCGGGUUGGAACUUCGGCUUUUGAACGACUCCAUUUACCAGAUUGAAUCAAGAGCACUACGAUUAGGAACCCGUUAUGACGUCAUGCCCGUCUAUUAUUUCACCAGAUACGAAGAUGAUAUUUACGAUCGUGUUUGGAAUCAUUACAAUUUUUCUAAAGCACAUUUAAUCCAAACGAGGGCAGACAUUGAUGUCCAAGCUGGUAACAAUAAUUAUGGGAUUCCAAUGAAGAUUCUGGGAACGGCUUCACAACCUCUGAAUCACUGGGACUCAUUAGAUUAUUCAAACUAUUACUCUAAAUCGGAUCUAUAUGUCUACUUCUAUUUUGAUGAGAUUGUAAAUACCACAGAAGAUCAACGACGAGAAAUCAGCAUUACGUUAAAUGAUGGGAAGUUAACCCCGGUUGUUCUUGAAUACUUAAAACCAGUAAGCAUAGGACCUUGGAACGCUUCGGAUGGAUUUGUGAGCUUUUCAAUUAAUGCAAUGGCAGAGUCUAGUCUUCCACCCCUUCUCAAUGCCUUUGAGGUUUAUAUGGAUGCGGAUUUCCAGACAUCACCAACGUCUCCUGUGGAUGAAUUUGGACUAUUGGUUUCCAGAGUAACAGAGCAGCCUUCCAUCAUCUAUUCUAGUUCAAGAGCAUGGAGCGAAUCCAACCGAGUUCCACCAAAUCCACCCAAGGGAGACCUCUGGACCUCCGCUCAAGUGCACAUUGAUGCAAUCAUGGACAUCAAGCAAAUGUACAAGAUAAGUACACCUGAUUGGCAAGGAGACCCAUGUAUCCCACAAGCAUAUGAGUGGAGUGGUUUGGACUGCAGUUUCAAUAAUUCUACUAUGAGGAUCAUAUCUCUGAAUUUGAGCUCUGAGAACUUAGAAGGGGAGGUUUCUUCUUCAUUCGUCAUGCUCACAGCAAUGGUGUCUCUGGACUUAUCAAAUAAUAAACUAACAGGAUCGGUGCCAGAAUUUUUUGCACAAUUACCCAAGUUGAAAGUCCUUAAUUUAUCUGGAAACAAAUUCAAAGGGCAAAUUCCGCGCACGUUAAUGGAGAAGUUUAAGAAUGGAGCCUUGCAACUAAGCUUGGAUAAAAAUCCUGACCUAUGCCUGACAGAUGCUUGUGAAAAUAACAAUAAGAGGAUGGUUCUUCCCAUUGUUGCUUCUACUGUUUCAGUUGUAGCCCUUCUUAUCUUCUUGAGUGUUGUACUCAUCAUUUGUAGAAUUAAAAGGAGAAGACAAACAGGGGCCAAAUUAAAAAGGGAGCAGUCAAUGAAAUUAAAGAAUAGAACCUUUACUUACUCCCAGAUUGCUAACAUUACUUCAAAUUUCACAACGGUUAUUGGGGAAGGAGGAUUUGGAAAAGUUUACCUUGGCACCUUGAAUGAUGGUAGUCAGGUUGCUGUCAAGGUUCUAUCCUCAUCAUCAAAGCAAGGCUAUAAGGAAUUCCGAGCAGAGGCACAUUUGUUAACGAUAGUUCAUCAUAAGAACCUGGUUUCCCUCUUGGGAUACUGUGAUGAAGAUGACAACAAAGCUUUGGUUUAUGAAUACAUGGCUAAUGGAAACUUAAGACAGCAUUUAUCAGAUAGAAACACAAACAAUUUAAGCUGGAUUGAAAGACUUCAAAUUGCUGUUGACGCUGCACAGGGAUUGGAGUAUCUACACAAUGGUUGCAAGCCACCAAUAGUCCAUAGAGAUUUGAAAACCUCCAACAUCUUAUUAACUGAAAACAUGCAAGCCAAGAUAGCUGACUUUGGAUUAUCCAGAGCUUUUGCAACAGAGUCUGCCUCCCAUAUAUCAACUUGCUUUGCAGGAACACCUGGAUACCUAGACCCUGAGUUUCAUUCAUCAGGAGUCAUUAACAAGAAAAGUGAUGUCUACGGCUUUGGAAUAAUUCUACUAGAGUUGGUCAGUGGUCGACCUGUCAUAACAAGAGGUGAAGGGUACAAAAUUAGCAUAAUUGAAUGGAUUAAUCCUUUGAUUGAAAGAGUGGAUAUUCGGAGCAUUAUUGAUCCAAGGUUACAAGGUGAAUUCAACAUCAAUGCAGCCUGGAAAGCAGUAGAGAUAGCAAUGUCAUGUGUGCAGCAAAUUGGAAACCAAAGGCCACAUAUAAGUCAUGUACUAUUAGAACUUAAGGAGUGUUUGGAUUUAGAAAUGGGUUCCAGAGAAACUCAAAGGAUAGAGAGCCAGAUAUUGAGUAAUUCACUUGAAAUUGAUGCUCCUCUUGCUAGGUACCAUACAAGAGCAAUGCUUUUGGUCUUGGCAUUUGCACUUCUAAGCAAAGGGUAUGCACAAGACUCAGGUGCUUUUGUUCCGGCCAUUAUAAACUCUGGUGAUUCUGCAGUAGAUGUUGCUAACCAUGACUAUCUCCCCAAGGCUAAUUACCCUCCUUAUGGAAAGGACUUCAUCAAUCACAAACCUACUGGGAGGUUUUGCAAUGGGAAGUUAGGCACUGAUAUUACUGCUGAAAAUCUGGGAUUCAAGACUUAUGCCUUAGCAUAUCUAAGCCCAGAAGCAUCAGGGAAGAAUCUUCUAAUUGGGGCCAAUUUUGCUUCAGCUACACCUGGUUAUGAUGACAAAGCUACCACCAUAAAUCAUGCUAUCCCAUUGUCACAGCAAUUGGAGUAUUACAAGGUGUACCAGAAAAAGUGAGCAAAGUUAUCUGGAAGUAACAAAUCUGCAUCCAUUAUCAAGGACUCAAUAUAUAUUCUCAGUGCUGGAAGAAGUGACUUCCUUGAGAACUACCAUGUCAAUCCUUUACUCAACAAAGCCUAUGCUCCCUAUCAAUGUGGUUCAUAUCUUAUCAAGGUGGAAGAUUCAUCUCAAUUCCACAAGCAAUCAUAGAUAAUUAAUAAGAAACAGGUAAAACAAGUGAAAUUCAGAUUACCAGGACUAGACAAAACCGCAUGGGGGCGCGGAACUGAAGCUGCUCUUCCACUUAACUUUCUCUCCUCACCACUGCUCUUCUGGUUGUCAAACGCAUUUCAUAAUUAAGAGUAAGAAAAAGUACAGAAUUAACCGAUAAUGUGAGUUUAAUUUCUAACAUGUCCACUAAUUCAAUGUGGAGUACAUAAGUCAUACGAGUCAAAAGUUCACAGUACCAUGUCAAGAGCCGCUUUGCUCGAAAAUUCAAGGAAUUAGAUAACAACAUUUAAAAUGUAGUAUGUAGAGGAGAAAUAAUUAACCUUUAGAAGC